GGCUGGCUACACACACACUGCUACAAAACUCCAUUCAAGAUGGGGUUUGGCACAGGACCCAGGAUACCAUUAUGGGUUCUAAUUCUAGUGAUCUGCUGUAUCCAACAGAAAGCUUCAAGUGCAGAAGAUGUACCUGAAAGAGUUACCAUCAUCCCACCAAUGAAAAAAAUGUCUGUUAUAUCAACCGUUCACUCCGCUCAUAACGGACAGGUCUGCAGCACAUGGGGUGUCUUUCACUUCAAGACAUUUGAUGGUGACAUCUAUAAUUUUCCUGGAGUCUGCAAUUACAUAUUUGCCUCCCAUUGCACUGAACCAUUUGAGGACUUCAACAUACAAAUUAGACGCCAAGCAGUGGGGAACACCUCCACAAUUAGCUCUGUCGCUGUAAUGCUGGAUGGAACAGCUUUUAAAAUGGAAAAGGAUCACAUUUUGGUAAAUGAUGAACGGAUUCAAUUACCUUACAAUGGACCUGGAUUUGAAAUAGAGAAUUUUCUCAACUAUAUCAAAGUGGUUAGUAAAAUUGGCUUAACCCUAAUGUGGAAUAAACAAGACAGUCUGAUGCUGGAACUUGAUAAAAAAUAUGCCAAUCAGACCUGUGGACUUUGUGGAGAUUUUAAUGGCAUUCCAAAGUACAAAGAAUUUUAUUUUGAGAAUACCCCCAUAACAGACUUCCAGUUUGGGAAUCAAUGGAAGGUGAAUGAUCCGACAGAAAAUUGUGAGGAUCCUAUACCUCCUCCUCAGAAGAAAUGCAUUGAUGAACAUGAUAUUUGUCGGAAAAUACUAACUGGUUCUGCAUUUUCUGAAUGUAAUGAUAUUGUCAGUGUGAACAGCUACAUCGAUGCUUGUGUACAUGACUUGUGUCUCUGUGGUGAAGUUGAAAAGUCCUCCUGUCUCUGUGACACUUUCACUGAAUACUCUCGACAAUGUGCUCAUGCUGGUGGCCGACCUCAAAACUGGAGAAGUCCAGAACUAUGCCCAAUAUCAUGCACUUUGGGUAUGCAAUAUCAAGAAUGUGGAUCACCUUGUGCAAAUACUUGUACUAAUUCUGAAAGAUCUCAUGUCUGUGAAGAUCACUGCGUAGACGGCUGCUUUUGUCCACCAGGAACUGUUUUUGAUGACAUCAACGGCAAAGCCUGCAUCCCCUUUGAGCAAUGUUCCUGCAUUUAUAAUGGAGUAUCUUAUGCUCCAGGGAUGACAUAUUCAGUUCCAUGCCGUUCCUGUGUCUGCAGUGGUGGUGAGUGGAAUUGCACAGAGCUUCCUUGUGGUGGUAUUUGCUCAAUAGAAGGAGGAUCACAUAUCUCCACCUAUGAUGAAGUGUGGUAUAAUUUCCAUGGAAAAUGUAACUAUAUUCUAACUAAGAUCUGUGAAGAAGAAACCUUUACUGUUCUUGGAGAUCUUGGGCCAUGUGGCUUCACAGAGUCUGAGACUUGCUUAAAAACAGUGCUUUUUACCAUCAAUCGAGGAGAAACUUAUGCUGCAAUCAACCAUGAAGGCACAGUAAUUGUUAAUGGGAUGGUUACUCAGCUGCCUAUCUCAGUAGCUAAUGUAACAAUCUUCCAGCCUUCACAUUCCUUCAUUAUUCUGGAAACAAACACUGGGAUUCAGCUCGUGGUCCAGAUUAAACCUUUGCUACAGUUGUACAUUUAUCUGGAUCCAUCUUUCCAAGGGAGAAUGUGUGGCCUCUGUGGCAACUUUAACCAUAACCAGAGAGAUGACUUCAAAACCCUAAAUGGAUUAAUAGAAGGAACAGCAAUUGCAUUUGCUAAUACCUGGAAAACUCAAGCUGCCUGUGACAACAUUAAACAGCAUUUUAAUGAUCCUUGCACCGUGAGCACUGAAAAUGAAAAAUAUGCCCGUCAUUGGUGUGGACUCCUGACUGAUGCUGAAGGACCUUUUGCUAAAUGCCACUCCAUAGUGAAUCCAAGGGCUUAUCAUACGAACUGUAUGUUUGAUGCCUGCGCUUGUAAGAUAGGUGAGAAGUGCAUGUGUGCUGCCCUCUCGUCCUAUGUCAGAGCAUGCAGAGCCAAAGGAAUUGAACUUGCAGGAUGGAGAGCCAAUGCUUGUUCCAACUAUGCUAUCUGUCCCAAAUCCCUGAAUUAUAGCUAUGAAAUUAGCUCUUGUCAACCUACUUGCCGAUCACUGAGUGAACCUGAUAUUACCUGCAAUAUCAAAUUUGUCCCAGUUGAUGGCUGUACAUGUGAACCUGGAACUUACAUGGAUGAUUCUGAAAUAUGUGUGCCUGCUAACAAAUGUCCCUGCUAUUACAAAGGAGCAGCCAUGCUCCCUGGUGAAGUUUACCAUGAGUUUGGUGUUGCAUGCACUUGUAACCAAGGAAAAUUAAACUGCUACGGUGAUGGAGAAUCCAAGCAAAAAUGUACCCCUCCAAUGACUUACUUUGACUGCACAAAUGCCACCACUGACAGCAAAGGGGCCGGAUGUCAGAAAAGCUGUCAGACUCUUGAUAGCCAUUGUUACAAUUCAAAGUGUGUCUCCGGUUGCAUAUGUCCAGACGGGCUAGUGUCAGAUGAGAAAGGUGGUUGUAUUCCUGUGGAAGAGUGCCCAUGUAUUCACAAUGAGGCCACAUAUCGGCCUGGGGAAAAGAUCAAAGUUGACUGUAACACUUGUAUAUGUAAGAACAGGAUAUGGAAAUGUACCAUGGAGACAUGCCUAUCAACCUGUGCUGUUUAUGGUGAUGGACAUUAUAUCACCUUUGAUGACAAGCGUUAUAUUUUCAAUGGGCAAUGUGAAUAUACACUCUUGCAGGAUUAUUGUGGCCAGAACAGUUCCACCCAGGGGUCAUUCCGAAUCAUCAGUGAAAAUAUUCCUUGUGGCACCACUGGCACCACUUGUUCUAAAUCUAUUAAAGUGUUCUUCAAAAACUAUGAACUGAUACUUACCGAAGAGCAGUAUAAAGUGGUAAAAAGAGAGAAUGGAGGUCAGAUACCAUAUAGAAUUCAUCAAAUGGGCAUCUACUUGAUGAUUGAGAUUCAGAAAGAACUAAUUGUCUUAUGGGACAAAGGAACAACUGUAUUUAUCAAACUUGGUGCAGAAUUCAAGGGUGAGGUCUGUGGACUGUGUGGGAACUAUGAUGGAAAUGGAGUUAAUGACUUUACAACUCGGAGUCGAUCUGUAGUAGGUGACGUACUGGAGUUUGGAAACAGUUGGAAGGUAUCACCCACAUGCCCCGAUGCCAAAUGUGUCAAGGAUCCUUGCUCCAAGAAUCCUUAUAGGAAAGCUUGGUCUCAGAAGAAGUGCAGCAUCAUCAACAGUGAAGUCUUUGCUGCCUGCCACUCUCAGGUGGAACCAACUAAAUACUAUGAAGCCUGUGUGACUGAUGCCUGUGCUUGUGACACUGGGGGAGACUGUGAAUGUUUCUGUACAGCUGUAGCUGCAUAUGCUAAAGUAUGUAGUGAUCAUGGAGUAUGUGUAUCAUGGAGAACACCAUCGAUUUGCCCCAUGUUUUGUGACUAUUACAAUAACGAAGAUGAAUGUGAAUGGCACUACAAACCUUGUGGAGCCCCAUGCAUGAAGACCUGUAGGAAUCCAAGUGGGAGGUGUGCUUAUCAUUUACCUGGCUUGGAAGGCUGCUAUCCACAUUGCCCAGGAGAUAAACCUUAUUUCAGCGAGGAAGAGAUGAAAUGUGUUAGCGUUUGCGGCUGUUAUGAUGCUAAGGGUACUUAUCAUCAGUUAGGAGAAACCUUUACUACUGGAGAGGUGUGUCAAUCAUGUAAAUGUACCAACGAAGGCAUUAUUAGCUGUGAACAUGAUACUAAAGCUUGCUACUGCUACUACGAAGGAAAGAGGUAUAACUACAAGGAAGUCAUUUACAAUACCACGGAUGGCUUGGGUUCAUGUAUAACUGCAAUUUGUGACGUCAAUGGAACAAUCAAUAGAGAAGUCUACAAAUGUGCUGGAAUUACCACAAAACCACCAUUUGAAUUCACAACAUCAAGUAGAACAGAAUCAAUUCCAACAAGAACAACAAUGUGUGUGCAUAAAGUUUGUAGGUGGAUGGGUUGGUAUGAUUUUAACUACCCAUCAUAUGAAUCAACCAGUGGAGAUUAUGAAAUUCCAGAAAACAUAAGAGCCAAAGGACAUAACCUUUGCAAAAAUCCAGAUAAAGUAGAAUGCAGAGCAAAAGAACUUCCCGAUGAACCAUUGUCUUCUCUCAAUCAAAUUAUAAUAUGCACACCAACUGAUGGCUUGAUUUGCAAUAACAAGGAUCAGACUCAACGAGUGUGCUACAAUUAUGAGGUCAGAUUCUUCUGUUGCAAUUUUGAACCAUGUGGUCCUUUCACAUCAACAACUGCUACUAAAACUACCAGAGGAACAACAACAAUUGUUGAAACUAAAACAUCACCACCUUAUAUACCUCAAUCUACAACUCCACAUUUUAUUGAGACCACUCGCCCUACUUCCCAGCCUUCUACACUAAGCUCAGUGCAACCCACAUCCACAUCUUGCCCUCCUAAAUGCCAGUGGACCCAAUGGUUUGAUGACCACAAUCCAAAAACGAGCCCCGAUGGUGAUUUUGAGCGCUUUGAAGACAUACGAGCACGUGGAUUGGUUUGUGAGCACCCCCAAGACAUCGAAUGCCAGGCAAAGGACUAUGCACACACUACGAAUCCUGCCCCUGAGCAGAAUAUCCAGUGCAAUGUGAAAGUUGGACUAGUGUGCAACCAUACAGAGCAGACAAAGAAACCAUAUAAAUGUGUCAACUACCAGGUGAAAUUCCUGUGUUGUGAUUACAGCCAUUGCCAACCACUCACAACAUCAGUAACUUCCAAACCUACAUCAGCCAAAACAAUGUACACUUCCACAACAUCCAGUUCAUCCACCCUACCGCGCAUAAUAUCGACCACCAGUCCAAGCACACCCCUGGUAUCCACAAGCACAGGAGAAACAACUGAAAAACAAACAACCACUACUCUCCCUGUUGCACCAUCAACAAAACCAGUCACCACUGGAAUUACCUCCACUGCAUCGACCACUAGUCCAAGCACACCCCUGGUGUCUACAAGUGCAGAAGUAACAACAGCAAAGCAAACAACCACUACUCUCCCUACUCCACCAUCAACAAAACCAGUCACCACUGGAAUUACCUCCACUGCAUCAACCACUAGUCCAAGCACACUCCUGGUGUCUACAAGUGCAGAAAUAAAACUUGGAAAGCAAACAACCACUACUCUCCCUGUUCCACCAUCAACAAAACAAGUCACCACUGGAAUUACGUCCACUGCAUUGACCACUAGUCCAAGCACAACCCUGGUGUCUACAAGUGCAGAAGUAACAACACCAAAGCAAACAACCACUACUCUCCCUAUUCCACCAUCAACAAAACCAGUCACCACUGGAAUUAUCUCCACUGCAUCGACCACUAGUCCAAGCACACCCCUGGUGUCUACAAGUGCAGAAGUAACAACAGCAAAGCAAACAACCACUACUCUCCCUACUCCACCAUCAACAAAACCAGUCACCACUGGAAUUAUCUCCACUGCAUCGACCACUAGUCCAAGCACACCCCUGGUUCCAAGCACACCCCUGGUGUCUACAAGUGCAGAAGUAACAACAGGAAAGCAGAUAACUACAACUCUUUCUAUUCCAUUCACAACCCUGGUGUCUACAAGUGCAGAAAUAAAACUUGGAAAGCAAACAACCACUACUCUCCCUGUUCCACCAUCAACAAAACCAGUCACCACUGGAAUUACCUCCCCUGCAUCGACUACUAGUCCAAGCACACCUCUGGUGUCUACAAGUGCAGAAGUAACAACAGGAAAGCAAACAACCACUACUCUCCCUAUUCCACCAUCAACAAAACCAGUCACCACUGGAAUUACCUCCACUGCAUCGACCACUAGUCCAAGCACACCCCUGGUGUCUACGAGUGCAGAAGUAACAACAAGAAAGCAUAUCACCACAACUCUUUCUCCUCCACUGUCAACAUUUGCCUCUACAAGUGUAGGAGUUUCAACAGGUUCCACAUUAGCAACUACUUUAAGCAGAGCAACUCCAUGUUUCUGCCAUGUAUCUGGAACUGAUUCUUUAAUUUCUCCUGGGGAGGUAAUAUACAAUAGAACUGAUGGUUCUGGAUGCCGUUUUAUUGCAAUCUGUGAUGCAAAUUGUGAAAUUAAGAGGUAUCCAGUAUUCUGCCCUACAACAACUCCCCAUCCAGUUACAACCUCAGGAACAUUACCUAUUCUCAGUUCUACAACUUUCACUCCAGCAACUAAACCACACACUUCCCCAACCCCAAGAACUAAGAAAAUCAUUUCCACAACACCUAUACCAGAUUGUCCUGAUGCGGAUCCACCUAGAAAGUAUAAUGAAACAUGGAUGUUUAAUAAUUGUACUAAAGCAACGUGUGAGGGGAACAACCGAAUUGUUGUGGUGCCGCUCCCACAAGCUGAGAAGAUAACCUGUGCCACUGGACUUGAACCAAAAAAAAUAGUGGAUAAAGAUGGUUGCAUAGAACGCUACGAGUGUGAAUGUAUCUGUAAGGGUUGGGACCAUUACCAUUUUAUGACUUUUGACGGCACUUCUUACACUUUUCAUGGCAAUUGCACUUAUAUCUUGGUGAAAGAGAUUGUGAAUAAAUAUGGAAACCUCCGUAUUUUGCUUGACAAUGAGUUCUGUGAUGUAGCUACUAAUCAAUCCUGUUCCAGAUCCCUGAUUGUAUAUUAUAACUCUAUGGAAGUCCGACUAACUAGUGUAAUACACAAAGGCGUGAGAGUUAACAAGAUCUUUUUCGGCAAUGAGUCAGUGCCACAGGGUUUUGUCAAAGACGGCAUUGUGGCUACUAGUACUGGUUUUACCAUGACGAUUGAAAUGCCUGACAUCAAUAGUUUUGUUUCCUUCAAUGGUUUCACCUUCUUUAUUAUGCUUCCAUAUGAAUUCUUUGAAGACAACACAGAGGGACAGUGUGGAAGUUGUUCAAACGACAAAUCAGAUGAUUGUCGCAAGCCCAAUGGACAGAAAGCUUCCUCCUGCUCAGAAAUGGCUAUCUACUGGCAAGUGCCUGAUAUCAAUAAGCCCUACUGUCAGGUGGAGCCAACAACACCUCCUAUAAUGAGCACAACUGUGCCAACUAUACCAAUGGAGACUACACCACCACCAACACCCUGCAGCUCUCCAUCACCUUUGUGCCAGCUCAUUAUAAGCGAUAUUUUUGCAGAGUGCCAUAAACUUCUGUCUCCAAGCGAAUUCUAUGACAGCUGCCUCAUUGAAACAUGUCAGGCUUCCAAUGAUUCCUUGAGUUGCUUCUACAUUGACAUGUAUGCCUCUCUUUGUACGGCUAACGGGGCUUGUGCCGACUGGAGGAGCAAAACUGAAGGGAAAUGCCCCUAUCAUUGCCCAAAAGACAAAGUGUAUGCUCCGUGUGCCCCUAUUCAUCCACAAAGCUGUGAAAAUGGAUUAAAUCAUGAACAGACUGACCAUGUUGCUGAACGAUGUGUUUGCCCAGAGGGCUCAAUCUUGUUCAGUUCUCACACUGGCCUCUGUGUUCCAGAAUGUGGUUGCGUGGGACCAGAUGGAUCCCCAAAACUGCCUGGUAGCAAAUGGAAGAGCAACUGUCAAGAGUGUACAUGUGACCCUUUGACUAUAAGCAUACAAUGUGAGUCACAGAGAUGCCCAUCAACAACCCAAGUUUGUGAGGGGGAAGGAUACAUACCCAUGCCUGUGCUAAAUCCAGAAGAUCCAUGCUGUCCCAAAAUAAAAUGCGAAUGCAACUUCACCAUGUGCUCCGAGGUAAAAAAGACUUGUAAACCUGGAUAUUACGUAGCCUCAAUCUCUUAUGAUAAGUGCUGUGCCGAGAUUAAAUGUGAAAAAAGAGACGAUGUCUGUUUGGUUAAUGGAUUGGUUUAUGAGUUUGGAAUGAUUGUUCCUGGUAAACCCUGUGAAACAUGCACCUGUAGUUCUGUUAAGGACCCUGCUACCAAGCAAAAUGUUGUGGAAUGUAAGCCAGUUACCUGCAACACAGAUUGUCCCAUGGGUCAUGAGUACCAAAGAAAACCUGGUGAAUGUUGUGGAAACUGCAUCCAAGUGGCUUGCAUCAUCACCAUUAAUGGCACUGCUGAGAUACUGGAGCCUGGGCAGACAAAAACGGGUAAUUGUAAACAGUACAAAUGUGAACCAAAGAACAAUACGCUAGUUUUGGUUGAGACUCCAGAAACAUGCCCUUUCUUUGAUCCAGACUGCAGUCCUGAUCAAAUUGAAUUGACUCACAACGGCUGCUGCAAGAAGUGCAAAGAGAUACAAAACUGCAAGCCAUACAAGAAUCAAACUCUAAUCCGUGAAAAUGAAUGUGUAUCUUCUGAAGCUGUUGAAUUGACUUACUGUGAAGGAACUUGUCCAAGCUCUUCAGUAUAUUCCCAAAAGGAAAAGGCAUUUCAGCAUAAAUGUAAUUGCUGCCAAGAGUUCAAGAGCCAUAAAAAAGAAGUAACCUUAACAUGUCUGAAUGGCACAACCAUCAUUUAUGACUAUUUAUAUGUGGAUGAGUGUAAGUGCAGAACUGGAUGCAACUUCCAAGCCUCAACCAGCUAGAAGAAGGAGAAUUUUUUUUAUUUUUCUUAAUCCAAGACAAAUUCAACAAUCACUUGUCAGAAAUCAGACAUCAUUCAGUGCUACUUUGGAUCUCUCCCUGUGUCCAUGUUUCUGUUGGCCAGUUGCUUAAUCAAAUUAAUGUCCUUUUUCAUGUAAAAAAAAUUACAUUCAUUCUGGCAAACUGUUUUCAAAAUGAGAGCAUUCUCAUUGGAAGGUUUUUCUCUUUGGAAAAUCUUCCAAGUAUUCCUAACAUAAUGAUAGAAAUGUAUAACAUUUGUAAUGUAGAAAAUUAAAUUCUUAUACGUCCAUGCUUCUCUUGGUUUGCUGGUUUUUUUGGUGGGUGGGGCAUAGGUUACAAGUCUUUAAACAACAUAACAUAAUCUGCAGGCAAAAACCUCUUUAUUGCACCAAUGCACAUACUAAACUUGCUUUCCCAUUUAAUUCUGCUUUUUUGAGAUUAAUAAACAAUACUUGAACAAGUUCA